AUGGCCGCGCCACAACCUCAGCAGGUCAACAUCGCUGACCUCAGCCUGCAACAAUUGGGCGAAGUUCGAAAACAGCUCGACGAUGAGCUGCAACAUCUUACCAGCUCGUUCGCCCAGCUCAAGCAGGUCCAGGCCAAGUUCAGGUCGUGUAUCGAGAGCUGUAAAGAAUUGAAACCUCAAAACGCCGGCAAAACCGUGCUCGUGCCGCUCACCAACUCAUUAUACGUCCCUGGAAAGAUGAAGGACCCAGAAACGGUGAUAAUCGACAUCGGGACGGGAUACUACGUGUCAAAAACGCGCACGGAAGCGAUCAAGCACUACGAAGGCAAGAUCGACUAUCUACGUGGGAACCUCGAGGCGCUCCAGGCUGCUAUAGAGAGGAAGCAGGAUAACUUGGCAUCUGUGUCUAAUAUUCUGCAAGCUAAGCUACAGGCUGAGGCCGCGAGCGCUAAGGGUAGUAAAGACAAAGAUUGA